CGCAAGCUAAUAGCUGCAUCAGUCAAUUGAUUAAUACAACAAUUUUUAUUCUUCAAAGAAACGUUUUGAAUUUUUGCGUCAAUGGCUGAUCAGUGUUACGGCCAGCAGCAAGAACAAGAACACCAACGGAACUCUCGACCAAGGUCUCAGAAGGUGAUGAAAACGGCUGCUGCUGUCACGGCCGGGGGGUCCCUCCUAGUCCUCUCUGGUUUGACCCUGGCUACCACGGUUAUUGGACUCACCAUAGUUACUCCACUUUUCAUCAUAUUCAGUCCUGUUCUUGUCCCUUCUGUCAUUGCAGCAGCUCUCCUAGUGACAGGUUUCGUGGCUUCCGGUGGUUUCAGUGUUGCUGCUAUUUUUGUGCUGUCCUGGAUUUAUAGGUAUCUUACAGGAAGAAACCCACCAGGAGUGGCUCAGUUGGAAUACGCGCUUAUGAAGCUGGCUAGCAAGGCUCGGGAGAUAAAGGAUAAGGCUGAGGAGCUCACCGGUGCGGCGGCUUCUUAGUUAAUUUCUACUGCUUUGCAGUUUGCAAUUGAUCUCUGCCUAGCUAGGAUCAAACGGCUAUCAUAUAUACCAGUCCUUCUCUUUAAGUCAUUUAUGUUGUUCCUACUAUUUCUACGACAAUGUUCUACAUUUUAAAGCACCAUAAAAAAACUUUGGGGUCUGGCCGUCGGUUUCUGUUGAAACUUAAGUAAUUGAUUAUCAUAAGUUGUUGUUGUUGUCAGUCCUGUGAUUUGGGUUUCUUUUCAAUCUUUUUCUGUA